CGUCCACUUUCGCCGCCAUGUGGUCAAGCAUGCGCAGUUGGGCGCUUUUGUUACAGCCAAGAUGGCGUUGAGCAAAACGUUCGGGCAGAAACCAGUGAAAUUUCAGCUGGAACAGGAUGGCGAUUUUUACAUGAUUGGAUCAGAGGUAGGCAACUAUUUGCGCAUGUUCCGUGGCUCCCUGUACAAAAGGUACCCGUCGCUGUGGAGGAGACUCGCGUCAGUCGAAGAGAGGAAGAAGAUUGUAGCUUCAUCGCACGAUCAUGGUUACACAACUUUAGCCACCAGUGUGACACUGCUGAAGGCGUCCGAGGUGGAGGAGAUCUUCGAAGGGAACGAUGAGAAGUACAAGGCGGUAUCCAUCAGCACAGAGCCCCCGGCGUACCUCAGGGAGCAGAAGGCGAAGAGGAACAGCCAAUGGGUGCCGACCCUGCCGAACAGCUCCCACCACCUGGACGCUGUGCCCUGCUCCACCUCCAUCAACCGCAACCGCAUGGGCCGGGACAAGAAGAGGACCUUCCCCCUGUGCUUCGAUGACCACGACCCGGCGGUGAUCCAUGAGAAUGCAGGCCAGUCAGAGGUGCUGGUCCCUAUCCGCUUGGACAUGGAGAUUGACGGGCAGAAGCUGCGAGAUGCCUUCACCUGGAACAUGAAUGAGAAGCUCAUGACCCCUGAGAUGUUUGCGGAGAUCCUGUGUGACGACCUGGACCUGAACCCGCUGACCUUCGUGCCGGCCAUCGCCUCGGCCAUCCGGCAGCAGAUCGAGUCCUACCCCACCGACAGCAUCCUGGACGAGCAGACCGACCAGCGCGUCAUCAUCAAGCUGAACAUCCACGUGGGGAACAUCUCUCUGGUGGACCAGUUCGAGUGGGACAUGUCGGAGAAGGAGAACUCUCCGGAAACCUUCGCCCUGAAGCUGUGCUCGGAGCUGGGCCUGGGCGGCGAGUUCGUCACCACCAUCGCCUACAGCAUCCGCGGCCAGCUCAGCUGGCACCAGAGGACCUACGCCUUCAGUGAGAACCCCCUGCCCACCGUGGAAAUCGCCAUCCGCAACACCGGUGACGCUGACCAGUGGUGCCCCCUACUGGAGACCCUGACUGACGCGGAGAUGGAGAAAAAGAUCCGGGACCAGGACAGGAACACCAGGCGGAUGAGGAGGCUGGCCAACACUGCCCCGGCCUGGUAAACGCACAGGAAACCACACCUUACGCGUGCGGAGAUGCCAGCCGUCAAGCUGUUAGGACUCCCACAGGGGCGCGCACGCAAACCUGAGACAUUCCCUCCCCCAGCCAUUCAUCCAGUGAUGAGCCUCCUACCCUCGCCAAGUCCCCCAGCAGAAGGUCAACAGUCAGACUGAGGACUGAUCCUGGGUCAGUGCUGCGCGGCGGGUGAUCCAUGAUCAGGGCCAGCACAGGCCUCCCUGGCUCUGUACCCAGAUCAGGCUUUUCCACUCAAACCUCGGCUGACUUUCGUCUGUCAUCAUCACUUGCAUAUACUCCCAGUGAGACUACCCCCCCCUCCCCCGUAGGGCAUCAUCAACUCCUACUAACCGUCAUCAAGCUGAUAGUUUGCUGUUUAGCUUGUAUAGGUGCUGAGCGAUCCUGUUGUGAGCUCCUUUACUAAGGCCUAGAUUCAGUCGCCAUUCUCCAUCAACCUGUGCAUGACUCACGGCUGAAUAUAGCCGCCCAAAUCCUUCUCAGACCACCGAGCCGCAUUUCAAUCUCGUCUUGUUUCAUUUUUGUUUUUAUGUAACGUUAGCUCUCUUCACAACAAGGUGACCCAGGCUGCCCGUCAGUUACAAAUUAUUUAAAGCGCAGCAAGGGACUGUCACAUAGAGAACAUAAUUUAAUGCAUAUGUGUGUGAAAAAUAGUGGUGUUGUAUUUGCAGUUUAUUCUGUGUGAACUGUUGUGGGGAAGCAUUGACUGAAUCCAGGCCUUAGUAGUUUUUUUUUUUUUUUGGUCUUUCCUUUUCCAUAUUUUUUGUAAUAAAGUCUGUACUACAGAG